GUCCAGCAGCAGGUUACGUGUGUGUGUGUGUGUGUGUGUGUGUGUGUUGUGGUGGUCAGGGGAAGACUGGCCUGGAUCUUGAACAGUAUUGGAAAGCAGAAGACAGAGUUGGUGGGUUUGCCGGUGUGGAACAGAGGUUGUGGCGAGCAGGAGUCCACUUUUCCUGUCCAUUCAAGGGCAUUGCUGGGGCCCGAAGAUCAGGUCUGGACUGAGGCCUGUCAGCGAAAGCUGGCGGCCUCAUGGACCCUCGGAGACGUGCAGGGCUCCAACACAGGGGAUGUAUAAGCUGACAAGCCCGUGUAGAUCAUGUUGCCAUGACUCGGGGCCAUGAAGGCCAAGGAGCCGCAGGACCACAACUGGAACCUGCCUUCCCUCCUGUCCGCACUUGCCAAAUAUAUACCCACCUAAAGUAAAUAUAAUCCUGUCCGCGUCCAUGUGGAAACAGCCACUACCUGCUCAGCAGCAGAGUACCCUGGUUGUACACUCGGUUAGCAGCCCAGCUCCCAAGAGACUCAUUUGGUCUGAGCUGUGCAGAACUUGGUAAGAUGUCUUAGAGAGAGCGUGUUGUCCUUAGAUUUGUCUUUUCAUGUAUUUGCUUUGUCUCUACAUCAAACUGAGAACCUGUUUUUGGUUGUUUUCAGUCCCAGAUCUGAGCUCACACAGCCAUGGGGGACUGGAACCUGCUGGGAAAGCUUCUAGAAAAAGCCCAGGAGCACUCGACCGUGGUGGGCAAGGUGUGGCUCACCGUCCUCUUCAUCUUCCGCAUCCUGAUCCUGAGCGCUGCCACAGAGAAGGUGUGGGGCGACGAGCAGUCGGGCUUCACCUGCGACACCAAGCAGCCUGGUUGCGAGAACGUCUGCUACGACAUCACAUUCCCCAUCUCCCAUGUCCGCUUCUGGGUGCUACAGAUCAUCUUUGUGUCCACGCCCUCGUUGAUCUACCUGGGACACAUCCUCCAUCUGGUGCGGAUGGAGGACAAGCAGAGGGAGAGGGAGAAGGAACAUGCACAGCAUUUGGACAAGCAUGUCCUCAUUGGGGAUCACAAGCACAAAAAGGCUCUGGUCAGGGACGAGAGGGGACGAGUGCGCCUGCGGGGGGAGCUCUUGCGCACAUAUGUCUUUAAUGUGAUCUUUAAGACCCUGUUUGAGGUGGGCUUUAUUGUGGCUCAAUACCUCUUGUACGGCUUUGAGCUGAAGCCCAUGUACACAUGCGACAGACCGCCCUGCCCCAACGUGGUAAACUGCUACAUAUCCCGUCCCACAGAGAAAACCAUUUUCAUCAUCUUCAUGCUGGGAGUUGCCAGCGUGUCUCUGUUCCUAAACCUCAUUGAGAUCUACCACCUGGGCUUCACCAAGUGCAGUCAGGGCCUCACCUUCAGGAGACGUCUGAACGCCUCUGGGGUCAUCACCAAGGAGCCCAGUGAGGCCUCGGUGCCGUUCGUGCCAAGCUACGACGACUACUUCCACCAGGUCCAGCCGGCCUACCCGCCCGUCCCCAGCUACGACCUCGCCCCUCUCCCCGACGGCACAGACUCGUCCUUCCACCCGUACAACAGCAAGGCAGCCUACAAACAGAAUAAAGACAACUUGGCGGUGGAAAGGAGCAGCAGCAAGCCAGAGGAAUGUGACCUGAAAGGAAAGAAGGGAGCAGGAUCAGCCCCUGGGUCACCUACGCAGGCCAGGCCCGGCCGCAGUGCCAAACACAGCAACAACAAGACUAGAAUAGACGAUCUGAAGAUAUGAGGAGGUUUAUGUUUCUGUGAGGGGUCUUAAAUUGCUGUGAGGGGAUCGAAUGUUGGUUGGGACGCAUUCAUACAUGCUGAACUGCCACCCCCCCUCUCUGCCUUCUUCGAGGUGGCACAGAUUUGACUCAUUCCAGCUGAGAAAGGGAGCAACAUUAUCAGGGCACACGGAAAAGCUGCAUUUGUGCAGUAACAUGUGAAGACUGAUGUGGUUCGGUAAUGAACUGAUGGUUCUUGAAGGUGUCCCACAGCUGGGUAGUUUCUUCUUCUUUUGAAAAACUUAACUGGGUGUCACAUUAGACUGCAGCAUUUAUGGUUCUCCAUGUUUUCAGUCGAUGUUGAUUUGUUUUUUUUUAAAUUCAUUUGUUUCCACGAUUCACUUUUGUCACUGAGAAGUACUGUCUGCUCAGGUUUUACUCCCCCCACCCCCUUUUUUUUUUUUCAACGUGUGAUGAAUGUGAAUGAACUCAACAAAAAAAAACCCCGUAACUUUGUGGAUAAAAGUUGCCUGAACUUUGGGAAACAGAAUCCAGGGCAGAGACUUUGUUCAGCAGCGGUCUGAUCUCAUUCGAGGGGAAUCAGAUAUGGCGAAUAGUUAAAUUUAACUUCCUUUAACGGUUUUGAGGUCACCAUCUAGCAUAGUUCACUUGCUUCGACUUGAGGAGUUGCGCAAUCCCUGACAACACGUUGGACUCUGGAAAUACUGUACGUAAUUCCGGGACGCGCCUCAAAAACGAAAUUGCACUGGUCUCAGGAGUUCUCACAUUUUGUGCUCUCUGUUUUUAUCGUGACAGCAAGAAAGUACAUAAUUAUAAGCACAUUGAUUUGUUUAUCCGUGUUUGUAUCUCUGUUUCUGUCGUUUGUUUUCUGUAAAGCACUUGGUGACAGCCAUAUUUGUAAAACCGCUUGAAAUAAAUCUGUCUUAAAUUUGCAACGCUAGCGGUGCGUUUGUGAUCGAGGUCUUUAUCGGGAAAAGGGGGGGAACUAUUUCACUGGAAAAUCAUGUUGCAACCCAUUUUUUUUAUAUUCCUGCAACAGAUAAAUCAAGAUCAGCUGAGAAAUGGUGACAUUGAUGAUGAUCCGUUUCCGUGCACCAGGCCUGUUCAAUUAAAUCCGGACCAGCAUCCAUAAAUUUGAUACAGGCAGUGUUGUCAUACUUGAGUAAUAAGUUAAGAUAUCGUGUUAAAAUAUUACUUUGAUAAAAGUGGUAGUCACCUAUACAAAACGUACUUCUAGUUCUUAAAUUAUUAACGGUAAUAAUAAACAAUAAAACAAUCCAUUUGCCAGCAAACCUAAUUUGGAAAAAAGCUAAAUAAAGUGACACAGGAAAGACCAGAUUCAAGAGGGAAGUUGAUGCUGACUGACAGUGAAUGAUAUGAUACCACCAUGAUAAAGUAUCUGACGACCUUAAGAUUCAAGUGUAAUUUUCGGACAAAAAGAAAAACUUAAGCCUGGCUAAUUAUCUCUUCUGGUAUUCAGCAUUUUUCUGAUUAUUGGAAACAUUUUUUUUUUUUUUUAA